CCAGAUAAUUACCCAUUGAGCUCCUCCCUGUAGCUAGUCACCAAAGCCACACGUUUCCAUAGUGUAGAAACUUGUUUAGUAUUUGUUCGUUCAUUUAGUUGUAGGUAUAAUAAGCUAUACAGCUAGAAACAGUUGAUAUAUUUCUCAAUUAUUUUGUAACCGCGUGAUACUAGCUACAGCCAGGGUUUGUCAGACAACCGGUGCUUUGCCUUUGUAACUUGCUGACGUUACUUGAGACAGCUAUCUAGCCAACUAUCCAUACAUUCCCUGCUGUGUUUACUAUUGGUAGAACGUGUAGGCUCUUUCUGGAGGGGAAAUGAUGAAUUACUCAGAUUAUGAUUCCGAUGGCUAUUCUUCAAAUGCAGAUCAAGACUAUGUCCUAUCUGAUGACAACCUUAGUGAAGAUGACAUGAAUGAAUGUGUGAAAGAGGAUGGUCUGGAAGGGGAUGACCAGCAUGGCCAACAGUCUGAUAAUGUCACCAAGAAGAAAAAGAAGAAAGGCCAACACAUUGGCAUGAGGAAAAGAAAGAAAGGAGGACUGAAGUUAGAGGAGUCACUGCAUGAUGGCAGUGUGGAGGAUCAGAAAGUAGAGCAGGGGGAGGAGAGAGAGUUUUCUACUCCCAGGCCCAAGAAGGAGGAGGAUGAACAGAAAAAGAAGAAGAAGGCAGAUGAUUUGUGGGCCAGUUUUCUGAGUGAUGUUGGUCACAAAUCCAAGCCACCUACCCCAGUGCCGCAGGCUACUACUAAACAGCAGGCUGCACCCACAGACAGUCCGAAGAAGCCCAUUUCGGCUCCAUCAGAACCUCAACUACCAGAGCCUAAAGAGCCCUCUAAGGUCACCAUCACUAAGGUGUUUGACUUUGCUGGCGAAGAGGUCCGGGUAACCAAAGAGGUUGAUGCUGACUCCAAGGAGGCCAAGAGCUUUCUGAAGGCCAAGGAGGAGACACCAUAUGUACAGACUGUACCCAGAAGAUUUGAGCCCCCCUCCCUUGCCCCUGGACCGAGUGUGAAGAGGCCUGUAGGGAUGAGUAGCAUCCUGAACCGCCUCGGGGGGAAGAAACAGAAGAUGAGCACGUUAGAGAAGUCUAAGAUGGACUGGAACGCCUUCAAAGACGAGGAAGGCAUCGGGGACGAGCUGGCCAUCCACAACCGCGGCAAAGAGGGGAAAAUGCCACGGGCGCUAUCUGAUAUGUGGAGACAUUUCACUGCAGCUAAUGUAGAAGGAAACCCUGUGUACAUUUGCAAAUACUGUGCCAAAUCAUAUGUGAAGAAGAAUGCAACAAAGAUGCCGAAUCAUCUGGCCAAGUGCAUAAAGUUCCCUCAGCGCUCACAUCAAGCAACCUCUGACAAAAGUCCCUAUACUUCUAUUCGAGGUGAAAAUGAUGAGUCGGACACCUUAUCGAUAGCAAAAGCUCAUGGUCCUCCUGGAAUCAGAAGUUUUUUUGACUCAAUGGAGGAACGUAGUCAGAGAAAUGCUGAUGAAUGUCUUGCUCGAGCUAUGUAUGCAACUGGUUCACCUCUGAUGCUCACAGGCAAUGUGUAUUGGAAAAGAUUUCUGAAUGUUCUUCGCCCAGCAUACACCCCUCCAACCAGACAUGCUUUAUCUACUCAUUUGCUGGAUGCAGAGUUCAAGUGAAGGUCAAGCAAAUCAUAGAGAAAGCAGCCUGUAUUGCAAUCAUCUCUGAUAGGUGGUCAAAUGAUUGUGGGCAAGGAAUAAUUAACUACAUCUCCACCCCUCAACCAGUAUUCUACAAGAGCACAGACACACCGGUCUCUACAUUGCAGAUGAGCUGAAGGCAGUUGUAGUGGCUUCCUUUCGUCUUUACCAUAGCCACUGCCCAAGCCUGAAGCGGGGUUGUUUGGUACGCAUACAGUCCACACUCAAGGUUUCCAAACGGCCAAACAUUCCAUGACAUCCAGGGAUAUGGUGCAACAAAAAUGUUUAUUCUUCUUAUAUCUAACAAAUAAAUUAUUCUCCAAUCAACUUAAAGCAGAGAAUACUUGAUAUGGAAAAUACAUAUUAUGACCUGUCUGUAUGUCUGUAUGUUUGUUUGUAUGGUCAAAAAACUAUACCGCUCCCGCAUCUAGCAAGGACUCCCUCUCCCGAAGGCCCAACUUCCUGCCUUUAUCCUAACACACUUACCACAAUACAAUGGAUAGGCAAGAGAGGGGGGACAAAAACUGAGUUACACAAACAACAAAUGAAUAUAUCUCGAAUCAGGUAAAUAUAAAUCAUAAUGGUACGUACCUAAUAUUUCAUCAUUUACAUUAAUAUUUAAUAUAUUUACACAAAUAUACAUGGAGCUCCAUAUGUUCAGUCUUUUACGCAAAUAUGUCCAAAUCGGCUCUAACAUACCGGCCCCUAAUUGUUGACUGCCUGAAUGCACAACAAUUACUUAAUAUUCAGACAUAGAGCCAAUACACAAAACAUUCUAUACCAGAGCACUAUUACAGUUCAUAGCUAUAUACAAAUAUACAAGGUGCCAUAUAGAAAAA